GAAGAUCGGAUGUAGUUUCCGCUGACCGGAUAAUGUUUGUGUAGUAGUGGAAGUUUUGUUAUUCGAGUUCUCCGUUCACUUCCAUUUAUUGAACGUUUUGGCAAUGUCCUCCGUAAAAGGCAAGAUAUUAGCCGUGUGAUUUACACACCGGGAAGAGCACAAAUGUUUGUUUAUUAAACACUCAAGAAGUAAAAUUCUAAGGUAUUUGAAGUAGAAUUGACACCGUAUUCCGGUGUGCACCUUAUAGCUAACGGAGUCGAGCUAGUCGACGCGGCUAACUUUAGCCUCCGCUUUUUUUGCGUUGUGCGGAGGAGCUCCUCUGAGCUAACGAAGCCAUGGGGAACCGGGGCAUGGAAGACCUCAUUCCCCUCAUCAACAAGCUUCAGGACGCCUUCAGCUCCAUCGGGCAAAGUUGCAAUUUGGACCUUCCGCAGAUUGCCGUGGUCGGAGGGCAGAGUGCCGGGAAAAGCUCCGUCUUGGAGAAUUUUGUGGGCAGGGACUUUCUUCCGCGAGGAUCUGGCAUCGUUACACGCAGACCUCUCAUCUUGCAACUGGUCAACAAUAAAGCAGAAUAUGCCGAGUUCCUGCACUGCAAGUCCAAGAAGUUUGUGGACUUUGAAGAGGUACGUGCGGAAAUCGAAGCGGAGACCGACAGGAUAACGGGCUCUAACAAAGGCAUCUCCAAUAUCCCAAUCAACUUGAGGGUCUUCUCGCCACAUGUUUUGAACCUGACACUGAUCGACCUUCCGGGAAUGACCAAAGUUGCCGUGGGAGACCAGCCGAUAGACAUCGAGCAUCAAAUCAGAGACAUGCUCCUGCAGUUCAUCACCAAGGACAGCUGUCUGAUCCUGGCCGUCACGCCCGCCAACACCGACUUGGCCAACUCGGACGCCCUCAAGAUCGCCAAGGAGGUGGACCCGCAAGGUGUGCGCACCAUCGGCGUCAUCACAAAACUGGACCUGAUGGACGAAGGGACGGAUGCAAAAGAUAUCCUUGAAAAUAAACUUUUGCCCCUGCGAAGAGGCUACAUCGGUGUGGUGAACCGUAGUCAGAAAGACAUUGACGGUAAGAAGGACAUUCGUGCUGCUCUGGCGGCAGAGAGGAAGUUCUUCCUGUCCCACCCUGCUUAUAGACACAUAGCGGAGCGAAUGGGCACGCCGCAUCUUCAAAAGGCUCUCAAUCAGCAAUUGACCAAUCACAUUAGGGACACACUUCCUGGUCUGCGCAGCAAGCUACAGAGUCAGAUGCUGUCCUUGGAAAAGGAGGUGGAAGAGUACAAGAACUUCCGUCCAGAUGACCCUACACGCAAGACCAAGGCUUUGUUGCAGAUGGUGCAGCAGUUUGGUGUGGACUUUGAGAAGUGCAUCGAAGGCUCCGGAGAUCAGGUGGACACCAACGAACUGUCAGGCGGCGCCAAGAUCAACCGCCUUUUCCAUGAACGCUUCCCGUUUGAGCUGGUCAAGAUUGUCUUUGAUGAAAAGGAGCUGCGUCGGGAAAUCAGUCACGCAAUCAAGAACGUUCAUGGCGUCAGAACGGGGCUCUUCACCCCCGACCUGGCUUUCGAGGCGAUUGUCAAAAAGCUGAUCCUCAAACUCAAAGAGCCCAGCCUCAAAUGCGUGGACCUGGUGGUGUCCGAGCUCACCGACCUGGCCAUGAAGUGUGCCGUGAAGCUCAAUUCCUACCCGAGGCUGCGAGAGGAGACCGAGAGGAUUGUGACCACUCACAUCCGAGAAAGGGAAGGAAAGAGCAAAGAUCAGGUUCUGCUACUGAUUGACAUUGAGCUGUCCUACAUCAACACCAACCACGAGGACUUCAUUGGCUUUGCUAAUGCGCAGCAGAGGAACACAGCAGUCAACAAGAAACGAGCCGUUCCCAACCAGGGUGAAAUUCUGGUGAUCAGGAAAGGCUGGUUGACCCUUCACAUUAGUAUAAUGAAGGGAGGCUCCAAGGAGUACUGGUUCGUCCUCACCGCAGAAUCCCUGUCCUGGUAUAAAGACGAGGAGGAAAAAGAGAAGAAGUACAUGCUGCCCUUGGAUAAUCUGAAGCUCAGAGAUGUGGAGAAAGGCUUUAUGUCCACCAAGCACAUCUUUGCAAUCUUCAACACAGAACAGAGGAAUGUGUACAAGGAUUUACGGCAAAUCGAGUUGGCCUGCGACUCUCAGGAGGAUGUGGACAGCUGGAAAGCCUCCUUCCUCAGGGCCGGAGUUUACCCGGAGAAGGACCAGACGGAGAACGAGGAGGCGGCGCCGGCGGACACCUUCUCCAUGGACCCUCAGCUGGAGCGUCAGGUGGAAACCAUCCGCAACCUGGUGGAUUCCUACAUAGGCAUCAUCAACAAGUCCAUCCGGGACCUGGUGCCCAAGACCAUCAUGCACCUCAUGAUCAACAGUGCGAAAGACUUCAUCCACUCGGAGCUGCUGGCUUACCUCUACUCGUCGGCCGACCAGAACAGCCUCAUGGAGGAGUCGGCCGACCAGGCGCAGCGUAGGGACGAAAUGCUGCGCAUGUACCACGCCCUCAAGGAGGCGUUGCACAUCAUCGGUGACAUCACCACCAGCACAAUCACCACCCCGGUGCCCCCGCCUGUAAAUAACACCUGGAUACAAGAAGCCAGCCCAACCCCUCAGCGCAGGCCGCCCCCGUCGGCAGCCCCGCCCCCCGGCCGCCCGCCAGUCGUCCGGGGUCCGACGCCCGUGAACCCUUCCCCGGUUUUUGGCGCCGCUCCGCUCAAUCCGUCAUCCGGCUUUGGCGCCCCUCCCAUCCCCUCUCGGCCCGGCCCGGCGUCUGCAGCCUUCAACAGCCUCCAGGACCCCUUCAGCGCACCCCCGCUGAUCCCCUCUCGGCCAGCACGUAUCCCACCCGGCGUUCCCAGUCGAAGACCCCCUGGUGCUCCCUCUCACCGGCCCACCAUUAUCCGCCCUGCCGAGCCUUCCCUGCUAGACUAGACCCCGUGGGCUGAACCCACCCUAAUUCUCUUCUGUGGGUCUGUGUUUCUGCGAUGGGGCGGGGAGGUGAUUUAUGAUCUAUGCGUAGGAUGCAUUUUCAGUCUCAUCCUGCCUGUUGCUCAUGAGUCCCUUGAACUACCUGCUCAACCAAUCAAUGAGCUGAAUCUGUUCAGACAACUUUUGAAAGGAAUGCGUUAACUUUCACAACACGACUUUCUAUUGUUGAAUUUAAAUAAAGAAUGACAAUGAAUGGUGAGGAAAUUAGAAAGUCACCAUGGUUGGUAUUUGACACUUUCUGCCUUACAGCAGUGCUUUGAGAUACGAGUGACCUGACUUUGCAGUGAACUCAUUUGACAAACAAUUCUUUCAAAAAAGAGAUUUCCAUCGGUUUUUUGUUAUCACGGUUUUAUAAUUCCACUAUUUGAAUCACCAGUGGUCAUGGAACAAAUUGAACUUGUAUCUCAAACACUACUGUACUACAAUGCCCCCAAACCUUUGUACCAAUCACGUGACACUUGACAGUCGUAUAUUUAAACAAACAUUGCGUUCAAUAACAUGGACACACAUGCAGAGCAAGUAGCCAAACCGCCUUAACCAAUUCACUACAAUUCUGAAGAAGUAUGUCUGUCCUUUUUUUCUCCCAAGAGUAAAACGUCUGCUGAAUGUAGCUUUCGGUCCCUGAGCGGCCGUGUGCACGCACUUCCUCCCCGCCAUCCAUCGUGCGUUUUGACUCUGUAGCCGCUUCUAUGCAUUCAAACUCUUGUAAAUAGCCAGAGCGGGAGGUAGCACAUGUAUAGCUGAUUGAGUCAACAUGCUUUAGAUUUCAAACAGGAGAGCGGGAAGCAUUAACGGCUGCGUGUGUGUCAUGUGACUAACUUUUAUUUAUAACCCGUCAUGUUUUGGUUGUCUGUGGAUGAGGAGCCUUGAUUGUUUGUUUGCUUGCUUGCUUUAAUUCGGGGUUUCCCAAACCUGUUUGAGUCCUUCCGUUGUGUAUUAGAAUAUACUGUACAUAAUAAACUACUAAUAAAGAAUUCAAGGAAGCUGACUGAAGAAGCGAACCGAAGCGUUUGGGAAGCCCUGCUUGCCUUUAUUGAAUGAGAUGAUCAUCAAUUUUGGGGCUUCUUGUGCUCAAUGGUGGUGGUGGGUUUUGUGUUUUAAAGGCAUAGUUUGUCCAUGGAACCUCUUAUUUAAAUGACAAAAACUGGCCUUAAGUGAUGUCAAGAAUGGAUUUGCUUGUCACCAACCACUCCUUAAACCUUUUUACAUAAAGUACCACCUAAAAGAAACAAUAUACAUGGCGCUUAAAGUGCCACCAUCAGGACCAAAAGUAAAACAACAGAGUAAGUCAAAUGGUUUUCAUCAAAAACUUAUCUAGACUGUAUGUGUCUGUCCAUCUAGCUGUCUGUGUGUCUGCUUGUGUGUUUGUAUGUGUGUCUGUGUCCAGCUUUCUGUCUGUGUGUCCGCCUGUUUGUCUAGCUGUCUAUGUGUGUCCAUCUAUUAAGAUGUAAUGUGUGAGAGAUUAACAUUGGCUGAUUGUUGUCAAAACAGGCGUCCCGCUCCACGACGGAAUCAGUGGUGACCUUGACAGUCCUUGGGCCAAAAUGAAAAAGGAUGCUACAAAUAACUGUUCCAAUCGUGCCAAUAAAACAUAUAUUGCCAAUAA